GACAAAUUCGUUGGCAAGUAUUGCACGAAUGAAUGUAAAUUUACACUCCUUUCCGAUCCAUGAAAAUACUGUCACUUUGAGCUGCCCAUCAUCCGGCCCAAGUAAAAAAUGCUAUGUCUAUCUUGUGCCUGUUGUACAUACCAAAGAGAAGUCAAGAAGAGACGUGGAAACUGCAUUGUAUCAUUUGCGACCUCAGUCGGUGUUCCUUGAAUGUUAUUUGGAACCCAAAUUUUAUUCAUACUUCCAUGAGGGCUGUGAACAAGGGUAUGCCUUUAAGAUUGCGAAAGCAUUGGAGAUGGAAAUCAUUUUUGGCGAUAUCUGCGACCGUAGCUUGAAGACAUGUGAAGAUAGAAAGUUAGAUGAACUACGUCUGAGAUACGGAUUUGAAAAAGACAAUGAUAUGGAGUUGAGAGAUAUGGCUCAUGAUAUGGCUUUUUACGACGUCCGAGACUUAAUUAUGAUAACAAGGCUCUGGGACCAUGCUAAAACUCGGAGUUCCAUUGUAGCGAUUGUUGGAGAGGAUCAUAUAUAUGGCAUGCGCCAUUAUUGGAGAUUGAUGGAACUCGGUUCCUCAAGAGUACUUAAAGAGGCUGCGAAAUAUGAAGAAUACAUAAGACAACAUCAGCCGCCUACUCAGUUGAACCAUUUUUAACAAGAGCUUCAUAUGAAGAAUACAUUAGACAACAUGCUUUGACUGCACAAUGAAAUGGUAUUUUUUUCUUUUUUGGUAACAAUGAAAUGGUAUUUCUUGAAGUACAAAA